AUGUACCAGAGAUGGUUGCGGAGCCCACUGGCAUUGCUCCAUAUUUCCUGGUCCAGGGCACUGGGAGUUGAUGUUGGUCUUCCUCGGGCUGAGCUGGCCCGUCCGCAGAGCAUGGCUGCGGAGGUGUCGGCAUCAGGGGCCUUGGUGCAGCGGAGAUACAUGCGGCAUGACUUCGAUUUCAGUACGGAGGCAGACUCUGAUGCUGUUGUCGAUCUGUACCAGUUGACGCUCCUCUCUGGUGCACAGAACAAAUCAACUGAUCAGGCGAUAGUCACGCAUGUUUGCGGAAAAGAUUGGGCGCCAGGGGCUUUGGCGCUGGGCGCGUCACUGAAAGCAGCGGGAACUUCCCGGAACCUGGUUCUAAUGGUCACCGACACAGUUGGCCGACGCUACGAAAAGCUUUUCGCAUCUGUGUUUGACAAGGUCUAUGUUGAGGAGCCAGUUACGCCACAUCAGAGCAUAACACGUGCGGGUGCUGACUGUGUAACGCUUCAGCUACGCGCUUGGCAGCUGCCGUAUAAGAAGGUGUUGUACAUGGACGCGGACAUGAUUGCACUGAAGACUCAUGACCCAGUCCUUGAUACAUUCAGCGAACUUAGCGCUCGACAGGAUUCCGGGCUGGCAAGUCAGUUCAACGGUGGCAUGUUUGUGCUGGAGCCCUCGGAGAAGAAAUUCCAGCAGCUACGGCGGCUACUAAAGAAUGCAGAAACACCUGAAUUCAGCAAUGGUGGCAUUCAGCAGUUCCUCAACCAUGCCUUCCCACCCUGUGAGGAAGGAACGCAUGUAGGCUGCUGGCAAGGAAAAAUGGACGACGUUUACAACAAGUUUACGAGGGACGUUAAGUCGCAAGAGCUCGAUGCAGACGAAGUUGCCUCCCUCCAUUUCAGUGGCGACUGGGGUGGCGCUCGCAAGCCAUGGAUGUCAGGCUGCCUGGUCAGAUCGGAUUCGUCAACCCACCAGAAGGGGUCACUCCAAGGUAGGCUGCUGGAGAUGUGGAUGAAUGCCUUUCAUCAAGUGCACGCGCCCGAUGGCCUCCAGGAUCUUCUGCACACUGACUGCCCUGGGGAGACCUGA